UUGCCCAUCUGCAGCGCUGUCAUCUACCGUGCCAUACCGUUAUCAGCUCGCUAGCUAGUACAAAUAGCUUCUGUCAUUUCAUUGAGUCACCCAUAGUCCUCUUAAGUACCUUGAUACUGCAGACCCCACCCAUUUGAUUCACCCUCCCAGCUUACGCCCUAGCAACGCCUCUUUCUUCCUUCAUCCAUCUUCGCCAGCAUAUCUUGCACUUCUCUUCCACCUUCUCACUCGUCUCCUGUCACCAUUCGCCGCUACUUUCCUGUCUAUUUCAGGAAUCUUCAUUGCUUCGACGCUCCAUUAUCCGUCAGACCACGCAAGAUGCCUCUCUUUAAUGUCACCCUAAAGGCAGAUGCUCCUGCUGCAGAGCUUGAAAAAGCCAAGGAACAAGCCAAGGCCAACGGAGGAACAAUCAGGCAUGAGUACACUCUAAUCAAGGGGUUUACUGUCGAAUACCCAGAAGACCAUGCCGGUGUUCUCGAGACGAACGAACACGUCCAUGUAGAGCGAGAUGGCGAGGUCAGAACGCAGUGAACAAGAACGCCCGCGGAUGUUCUGGUCAUCCGUAUAGAAACGCUGCAUAAUAUGACGUUGGAUCAGCGGAAUGAAUUUCUGCUGGGGUGGAAUCCAGAUGGUUUGAGGACACAGGAGGGUUAUCUAUGUUUGUAUUCAUGAAUCACGAUAAGGUUAUUUUCUUUUCUGCGCUAUGAGUCAUGCCACUUGAAAUAGCUGGAUGUUCAGAUUGGCCUACUAGUCAAUGCUAGCAAUAUAGCGAAUUUCAAGGUCAGACUAUACCAACCAAAUACCAUCUCUUCCAUUCUACAAAGCAUAUGUCAUUCUCAUGGUUUUUGAAUACCUAUUUGGAAUAUUGGACAUCUUGCAUAAUCAAGCAACAAGAUAGUUAUUACCGAAACAGGGA